GGGCCCGAGGACCGGGCUCGUGCGCGCCUGGCCUCCCCGCAUCCCCGGGGGCCGGGCGGCAUUCUCGCAGGUCCGCGCUCGCGUCAGCGCCCGUCGGGCUCAGCCCCCAGGAGCCUCUGAUUGGCUGCCAGCGCGAGGGCGGGUUCUCGGCAGCCAAUGAGAAACUCAGAAGUUGUCUCGGGCGGGGCCCUGGGCAGCGGUCCCCGUCGCAACCCCGCCCCGGAGCCCGGGAACUUCCACUCUUGCCUCACCAUUUCCACCUUUGUACCUGCUCACGUUGGAAGAGUGUUCCUCACCUGAACGAGCUACCCUCUUAGCCGCCUGCGCUGAACUGCGAGCCUCUUGGGAACGGGGACCGGCCUGGGCGCCACAAGUCCCCGAGGGUUUCUGCGCCCGAGGACGGUGCAGACUUGCUGGACACCAAAUGUUACAUCAAACACAGGAGUUACUGGCUGAGGACCUCGAAGAGCCAGCCAGUGGGUAAAAGCCACACAUUUGCCGUUACCGCGUCAGCAGGCUUUAGUGGGGUGUCAGCUGUGUGCAGGUUCGGGGGCGCACACAGAUGUCUCGGUCCUUAGAGCAUCUCAGCUCCCAGACCGCACGUGUGCAUGCAGUGCGUUCCUACCCUUUUUACAGCCAACAAGACGGAGACCCGGCAAAGAACCGUGUCCUAAAGACACACAAAGGCUAAUAAGACCACCCGGCCCCUCAAGACCUGUUGGAGAUGGGGAAAUCUCAUUUGCACGUGGCGAUGGGAUGUGACUUGAAGGGAAUAAGACAGCCGGGUCUGCGUCCGGGAAAGGCGCAGUGCGCGCCGCGGGAAACCAUGCAGGUGGCCUGAGGUGAGCAAAUUGGCUGCUUUGAUGGCAGAGUCCGAGGAAGUGGCAGAUUGGGUCCGACUGCCUCCCAGAGUUUGUAGGGACCAAGGAUGGGCCUGCCUCCCAAGAUCCAGAUGUGAGCCAGCGGGAAGACAGAGUCAGAUCCUGCCUAAGAGAGCCAACUGCAGAGUGGGAGCUGGCUCGUGUUACCGUCACCUGUCACCUUCCAUGCCCCAGUUACAGCCCUUGCUGUAAGCCAGGCAGGGGCAGGCUACGGGGCUCAAACAGGUGACCUGGAGGGAAAUCCUUCUCCAGAGGCCUUGGAGGUCAAAGAAGAACCCGUGGACCCUGAAAUCAGCAGGAGCCGCGUCAGAGGAGCCCAUAGGUGCAGAAGCGCCAUGGACGGGAAGGCUGCGGGGGCUCCCCCGGACUUCCACUUCUACCCCGAGGUAGAAGUGUCACUGUAUGACCCCGAGGACCGGCUGCACCCCUUCCCAGAAGGGGCCACGCGGACAGGAACGGAAGUCUACGCCGAGAUGGCCGAGGGGGCCGGCGAGCCCGGCGGCGCGGCCCUGGGAAAGGCCCCGAGAGCCCUGGAGGAGGAGGUGGACGAGCUGGUGCAUCUGUACGCCCUCGGGGGUGCAGGCGAGUGGGGCUCCGAGCUGGCAGACGGGAGCGCGCCCUGCACGGAGGUUCCGGAGCAGUUGCCGCUCGGGGCGCAGAGGGACUGGCGACGGGGGCCUGAGGCCGGGGAGCGUGGCUGCGCGGGCUGGGGCACCGCCGGCCCGGGCCGGGACCUGCGAGAGGCCUACAGGUACGCGCACAGCCGGGCCAGCGAGGAGUACGAGUGCUACGUCAUCCCCGAGGAGGAGGACGAGGACGAGGCCGCCCUGGUCUUCUGCGUCACCUGCAAGGCUCCGGUAAGGGCACUGGAGGUUUCAGAGGAGCACCAGGAGCACGAGGUGACAGCCCUUGACAAGGCCCUGGAGAGUGCCAAGGAUGAAAUUCACAAAAACAUGUUCAAACUGGAAAAGCAGAUUCUUGAGAUGGAGAAUUUUGCAAAUCAUUUGGAGGAGGUUUUCAUCACAGUGGAGGAGAACUUCGGGAGACAAGAACAAAACUUUGAGUCACAUUACAAUGAGAUCUUGGAAACACUCGCUCAAAAAUAUGAAGAAAAAAUACAAGCUCUGGGGGAGAAAAAGAAAGCCAAGUUGGAAGCCUUGUAUGGACAGCUGGUCAGCUGUGGGGAAAACCUUGACACCUGUAAGGAGCUCAUGGAAACCAUUGAGGAGAUGUGCCAUGAGGAGAAGGUUGACUUCAUCAAGGACGCUGUGGCCAUGGCUGACAGACUUGGGAAAUUCCUGAAUACAGACACAGACGUGGAGAUCGCUACACAGCCCGACUUUGAAGACCAGACUCUGGACUUCUCCGACGUGGAGCAGCUCAUGUGCUCCCUUCACACCCUCCCGGCUCCUUCUGCUCCAGUGAUAAACCCACAGGCCCCCAACUCUGCCACGGGGUCCUCUGUCCGAGUGUGCUGGAGCUUAUACUCUGACGACACUGUGGAGAGCUAUCAGCUGUCCUACCGGCCAGUGCAGGACAGCGCGCCCGGGAAGGACCAAGCAGUGUUUACAACGACUGUCAAGGAAACGUACUGCUCAGUGACAAAUCUUGUACCAAACACCCAGUAUGAAUUUUGGGUCACAGCUCAGAACAGGGCCGGCUCCAGCCCCAGCAGUGAGCGUGCAGUGUACAUGACAGCGCCUUCCCCUCCCAUCAUAAAAAGUAAAGAGAUACAGAGCUGCGAAGAGGCCGCACUCAUCUGCUGGGAGUCUGGAAACCUGAAUCCCGUGGACUCAUACACGGUGGAGCUGACCCAGGUGGAAACACCUGAAGCCUCGGGCGUAACCGAGUCGGUGGUGGGCAUCCCAGCCUGCGAGUCCCUGGUACAGCUGCAGCCCAGGCAGAGCUACACGAUAUCGGUGCGAGCCCUCAACGUGGGGGGCCCCAGUGCCAGGAGUGACCCCGUGACAGUCCACACCACAGGCAGCCGCUUUCCCCUGAACCAGCACACCUGCCAUCCCUGGCUGACCGUGGCUAACGACGGGUUUACGGUCCAGCGAAGCGAAAGGAAAACCCCCCCGAAGGAGCCGCUGCCUGGCAACACCCGGUUUAGCAGGUGUGUUGCCAUCAUGGGGAAUCUAAUUCCAGUCCGAGGGCGCCACUACUGGGAGGUGGAGGUGGACGAGCGGGCCGACUACACGGUGGGCGUGGCCUUUGACGAUGUUCCUAAAGAGGAGGACCUGGGAGCAAACCGCCUGUCUUGGUGCAUGAGGCACAGAUUUGCAUCAUCGAGGCAUGAGUAUGAGUUCCUGCACAACAAGACGACUCCAGAUAUAAGAAUAACAGUGUCCCCAAGGAAGAUCGGCAUUCUGUUAGACUAUGAAAACUCAAAAUUGUCCUUUUUCAAUGUGGACAUUUCUCAGCACCUUUACACGUUCAGCUGUCAGCUCCACAGAUUUGUGCAUCCCUGUUUUUCUCUGGAAAAGCCUGGCCGUCUGAGGAUACGUAAUGGCAUCGUAAUGCCCACGCACGUCACUUUCUAUUAGACCGUUCUGAUGCCCGGCUUCCUGUCACUCUUGUGGUCCCUCCCCUCCCAGCCGCUCAGCCCUCAGCCCGUGGGCCUGGGCACUGAAGUACCACGCACCCGGCCCCAGUCCAGAUCCCACUCUCCUCUAGCAGACGGGUGUGCUGACGCUCCCGUGCUGCCGCCCGCCCGUGUGUUGUUCAGUGCGUCCCCACCAGGCCCGGCUGUCACGUGAGCGCUCUGCCAGCGUGAACCCAGAGGUCCUUCAAGUGGUCAGGCUGUACCGGUCUUUUUGUUUAUAGGCAAAGUAUCUGAAUCUCCAAGGCCUACAGAGCUCGGGCUGAGUGGCGAGGGAAGGGGAGGGAGGGAUGCGACACUCGUGCUGUGUAGCCAGCGGCUGGAACAGACCUGCAAAGACGAGGGGCCGUCCACAAAGAAAAGCAGGGAAGCCACGCGCCUUCUCCUCUCCUGUUUUCCCAGCACUGUCGGCGCUGUGAUGAGGGUCUCCCGCUGCGCACUGUGUGACGCCGUUCCUGUCCUUCACUGAACCCACGCGCUCAGGCUUUGCAGUGCCCUCUGCCACGCCCGAUUCCGUGAAGGCGGGUCAGGGUCUGUCUUGUUCAUCGUCCAGUCCCUGAGGGCUACCCCGUAACGAACAGGUACCCACUGCCUAUGGGAUGAAUCUGUGUCCUCUCCAUCCAGCCACUGCCCGUGGGCGCGCUGUCCCUGCUCUUCGGCUGAGGGACGGUGGGGCCCCCUCAAAACCAGCACAGGACGCGCGGCCGGGAGACACCGUGGAGGGGAGGCGGUAGGAAGGCACAGAAGGGCCCCGGCAGCUUGAUGGCAAGACAGGGACACGGACGACUCCGUACUACCGCAUAGAUGCACUUUCACUGCAUCGACGACGGGCCGGGCAAUGAACCAGGAACGCACAGACAUGAGUGGCAGCUGAUCCUAGGAACUGUCCCAUAAAGAGAACCAGGUUUGAAAUCAGAAGACCUACACUGGAUCGCUAGUCUGUAGCUGCUUUGCCUUCAACCCUAGAAAAGUCCCACUAUCUUCAAGCGCUCCUGUUUCCCUUUAAACAGAGAAAAAUACUUGUUUCAUAGGACAGGAACACUUCCCAGCGACCGUGAGAGGGCACGACAGUAUAGGGCGCACAGCGAAUGCACGGCAGCUCCUGAAGACACCAGCCCACCGAGACCCAAGAUGAGUGGGUGGUCUCCCCACCGGCAGCUCUGGGACUUCCGGCCCGGCUGCGCUCAUGCCAUCCUGCGACCACGGGACUCGGCCCCGCUGGCUGCAUGCCCGGUUCUCCAGCCCAGGAGUCUGGCCGUCUCUCAGAGCUCUGCCCACAGCACCUCCCAGCUCGCAGAGCAAAUGACUCCGUCUGUGAGGCAAUUCGCAGAGACCGUUCUGUGUCCUGCCCUGUGGAGGCCUCUCAAAGCAGACAUCACCUCAUCACUUCGGGUUUUCUGUGAACUGGAAAUGCCAUGGCUCUAGAAUCUUCUGUUUUCUAGCACACUCGAAGUCCGACAGUGAACACCCCUCCUGUCUCCAACUUGGCCUGUGAUGUGAGCAGCAGCUCAGAUUCCUGACUUCACAACCCACCUUGACGAUAUCCCAGCUCCUUAGUCUCACAUGCACAUGCACACGCACACACACGCACACACACCUGCCCUGCCGCUCUGCAUCGCUGGCCUGAAAUCAGGAAGGUACGGCCCAUGUAAGCACAGAAGGUUCAGGUUACAGACACACGCGUGUAUCCAACCCUGUUCUCAGCUCCAGAGACAGAAACUGCAGUAGGAAGUAGGACAUCACGGAUAAGGCAAGUCUGAACUCAGGAUUCUAACAGGCUUUAUGGAAUGUUUCACGUGUAAUACGGACAAGUAUAAAUGAUAAAAACUCGACACCUAUAUAAGGUCUGAGUGAAAUUUUUAUUUGAUCAAGAAAAAAAAAAACCUAAAAUUGGCACUGAGCACUGACAUUUAAAAUUCACUUAAUUUACACAAGGCAUAUGAACAACUUAAAGCAUCGUAAUUACUCAGCAUAAAAAACUGGUUUAAACAUGUUUCUUCUGCAAGAAGAAAAAAUAAGUCUAGAAAAGAACCAAACAAAACUUUUUUUUUCUGUAAAAUAUUCCAGUUCCUAAAAUAUCACAAAUAAUCUGCUAAAACUAAAUUUUAAUAAGGGGCAGGAUUUACCUCAAGGCCAUGUUCACCUGCAACCCCGCUGAUAAAUCUGUUAAAAAACAAAACAAAAAGGAUUUUUAGAACAUCAGACAGUCGAGGCCACGAUCCCUGACUGCAGUUAAAACAUGUCAGUCUGUUCUCUCCCUAGCUUCACCUGCCUCACUGUAUAACCCUUGAGCAAAUUAUUAACAGAAGCUUUGGCUUCCCUCAACAAAGGGGAGUGAGAAUAUGUAAAA